GUUUUUUAACCUACAUCUGCCAGUCGUAAACAUUGUUGUAAGGCGAAAUUGAAACACAAGAGCCUGUGAACUCUCACAAUCAACUUCCUCAAAACGAUUACUAUUUUAGAAGAUUCUGCUUCAUUUCAUCUCAGCCGAUUCUUCGACACUUGCAGCGAUUCUGAUAUUUGUUUCACACUCAAAUUCUGUUUUUUUUUUGUUUUAUUUUGGCCGACUUCUCAGGUACACACCAUUAACCUGAUUAACGAUAACAAGUCGCUUAUUUUCUGCGAUGAUUUUGUGUUUCGUUCAGACAACUAGAUAAGAUUGUGCAGUUUGUGUUUAUACAGUAUGCAUAGGUCGUUAUUGAUCGUGUUAAGUUGAUAAAAUUUUAUGCACACCAGCUGUUUGAUGAAAUGCUUGCACCGAAACACCCUUCGUUUUCAACGAGAUAUAGCGAUAGUUAUCACUUGUAUUGUUUGAGCCUGUCUUAAAUAUGCACAUUCUCAACUAAGCAAACAGGUCUAGGUUUUUAAUUUCUGUGUGAGGUGGGGUUUUGUGGAUUCUAUUAGCAGCAGCUACUAGGGAGUUGUUUAGAUCUACAUUUUGAGAUUGUUUCUAAUCGUUCUUGUUAUAAAUAUAAACUGAAUUAAAUUGUCGAGUUUAAUGUUUUUACCAAAAGAAUAAAAUAAAAUACAACGUUUUUUUUUUCUUAAAAAAGGAAGACCGACAAUUUCUGAAACGAACAUGUCGUUUCUUUUUCUGAACUUCCAACAAAGUCCAGUCACCCGGGUACACCCAUAGGCAAAAGGUCACCCACGUCUGCGAUCGCAGCCAGCGCUAGUGACCUGGUGUGUCACAAAUUCUAAGGGAAGUCUACCACCCGAAGGCCAACUGUGCUAAAACAUUUCCAACCAGCAACCUCCCAUAAACCUAGUAUUCUAGUAAUUCGGAUACCACUAGAGCACUGACCCUUUAGUUAGCGGUGCACAAAACGUUUUUUUUAUAACCGGAACUGGGGCCGGUUUUGGUCAACAAAGUCAACAACCGGUUUCGGAUACGUCCGGGUUUUGACUAGUUUGGCUGGAUUUUUGUCGGGUUUUGGCCUGUUCGGAUCCGGGUUUUAUGCCUAACGGACAUGUCUUCAAACACUAGACGGAGUUAACAGGCUUCCCUGGCUUAGUUGAUCAUCGUAUCUUCUUCCCAAACUAAACGACUAAAGUGCUAAACCCUGAUUCCCCAUCCUUUCUUGAUCGCGUCAGAUACAAAUUACUCUAGGGUUUCACUUGCUGCUGCUAAUCAAAUCUCAAACUGCUCAAUCAUUAUCAUACUGCAAGUCGAAGGAAAUGGCGGGCACACCCAUGUUGCCACCCAACUUGGUGGCAGGUGGUGCUAACAUGGAAGGAAACGCUGCAGCCGCUCCCCCGACACCUGGGACUGACAUGACCGGAAUAUGCUUCAGGGAUCAGUUAUGGUUAAACACAUAUCCACUUGACCGCAAUCUUGUCUUUGACUACUUUGCACUUUCUCCUUUCUAUGAUUACACUUGCAACAAUGAGCAACUUAGGAUGCGGUCAAUUCAUCCCUUGGAUAUUUCUCAUCUUUCAAAAAUGACAGGAAUAGAAUUCAUGGUGAGCGAAGUUAUGGAGCCGCACCUAUUUGUGAUGCGCAAGCAGAAGAGGGACGGUCCUGAGAAGGUCACUCCAAUGCUAACCUACUAUGUGCUUGACGGUUCAAUAUACCAAGCACCACAACUUUGCAAUGUCUUUUCAGCUCGGGUUGGACGUGCUUUAUACUAUAUAUCAAAGGCUUUUACAACUGCAGCCUCAAAGUUGGAGAAGGUUGGUUAUGUGGACACAGAGGAUGAUAGCACAUCACAUGAACCAAAGGCUGCUAAGGAGACGAUUGACUUUAAGGAAGUCAAACGAGUAGACCACAUUCUUGCCUCGUUGCAACGCAAGCUUCCGGCUGCACCACCACCACCACCAUUCCCGGAGGGUUACACACCACCAUCAACCGCAGAAGGAGAACAAGGCCCUGAAACCGAGCAAGCAGACCCUUCGGUUGACCCCAUUCUUGACCAAGGUCCAGCGAAAAGAUUAAAAUAUGCUUAAUCUUGGUUACUUUAAUCUUGAACAAGUGAGGUUUAUAGUCUCAACUUCUAAUGUAAGAUUCUGUUGUAUACUGAUUAUGAUAAUUGACAAAAGCUUUUGUUGAUUAUAGUAGUUUGUUUAUCAGUA